AUGGCUGACAGCGGCGAAGUCGAAUGGAGCGACGCUGGCGAUUUUGCUAAUGACGAGGGUCUCAAUGUUUUGAUCAGCGAGAGCAGCAGUGUCAUUGUUUCUGGUUUAAUCAUCCUCAUCGUCGCAUGGUUGCCUCAGAACUAUCUAUACAGGGUCUUUGGCGACAUCGUAUCUGGAAUUGGCAAGCGAAUCGCUUCAGUCUCUCGGUAUUUGCGUGGCAAGAUUCGCCCACAGCCCCAACAUCAGCAGGAUCCUGAGAACGCCGAGCCUUUCCUCCGGCGUGUUAACAGCGAAAGCACCGUCACAAACAGUGGCCAUCCAUCACCUAAUUUGAGCCGCGAUGCAGAGGAGAAGGACUCGGAAGAGCGUACACAGAAGCGACGCUGCUGCGCAUUCAUCCCCUCUUGGAUCAUCAACACAGUCGUCUUGCUAUUCAUCGGCAUCACAUGGGUCGCCCGCCCUGACCAACCUUAUAAUCACAUCGCAAGCAGUUUGACUUUACGAUUGUCUGACUCUGUACGACCGAAGCUUGGACUCUGUGCUUCUCAAAACGAAUUCCCCUUGCGACAGCUUAUCGAGAAGUCAAGAUGGCAGGAUCCCAAGGGCAACUUCAAGGGAUGGGCUCCCAGCAGAGAGAACAACGGGUUGGUAAAGAAGUACAGAGAGAACCCUCCAGCUUGGCUUCCCAACCCCAUCCCCAGCGGGUUUCUCAAGUGGAAUCCUGAUCGAUACAAGGACGAGCAUGAUAAGAAGGAUGGUCCUAGCAAUAUGUGCCCCAAUACUUGGCAAGAUCGGGGUUUCUACAACCCUGUCAACGACCCCAUGCGAAUUACUAACCUCGAUCAAGAGAUUCUAGCUCCCAUUCAUGAGGCACUCUCGAAUAACUCGGUCAAGAUUAGACAUAUUGCUCUUAUUCUCAUGGAGAGUGUGCGUGAAGAACUCUUCCCUCUCCAGCAGGGUAGCAAUAUCCACCGAUUCAUCAUGGAAUCGAACGACGAGAAUUCCAGAGAUGAAGUCAACGGCCGGGUGUCACGCAUGACUCAGAACUUCGAGAAGAUCACCGGAAAGCCAGGCAACUACAAAAGCGCAAACGGAAGUGCUUACGAUCCUCCCGCGAAGCCUGUAUGGAACGACCAGACGAAGCCCGGCUUUGGUGGUAUCAACGUCGUUGGAGGUCUUACCAGCAGUAGUGUCUCAACCAAGAGUCUUGCAGCCGCGCAUUGUGGCGCUUGGCCCAUGGCUGUCAACAUGUUUGAAGAAUCCGAACUCGAGAGCUAUCAGCCCUGCAUUCCGCAGAUUCUCGAACUGUUCAACAAGGUCAAGGGCAACAUGACAAAGCGAGACGAAAAGCCACAGGAGGAGCGAGGUUGGUGGGGACUUGGUGGUACUGCGCAAGCCAAGUUCCAUGAGUACCCGUGGAAGCCUGCUUUCUUUCAAGCCGUUACAGACCACUAUGACAGACAGGACAAGUUUGACGAGAAGAUUGGUUUCGAUUUCAAGGUCACCAAGCCCAGAUUAGACGAGGAGGCCAAGGACAAUCCCGAGAUGGAGGAGAUCAACUAUUUUGGAUACCCCGAGACAGAUUUGAGGGAGCACAUCAGAAAGUUCAUUUCCGACGGCCUCGCCGAAGAUAAACGACUCUUCAUGUCGCACUUUACCAGCACUACUCACCACCCUUGGGGGGUGCCUAAGUGGUUCGAGAAAGAGAAGUACAUGGGUAAAGAGGGCGGUAAUCAUCAAGACCUUGACAAGUAUCUCAACACCAUCCGCUUCACCGACGCAUGGCUCGGUGAGCUGAUGCAGAUGUUUGAGGAUACCGGAAUCGCCGAUGAAACCCUCGUUGUCUUCGUUGGUGACCACGGCCAAGCAUUCAAGGAAGAUUUCUCAAAGACAGGUACCUACGAAAACCGUCACAUCAGCAACUUUCGAGUUCCGAUUUCUUUCCGACAUCCAAGCAUUCCUCGGGUGCAAUACGAGGCCAACGUGACAUCGAUCUCUAUCCUUCCCACCAUUCUCGACCUCCUCGUCAACUCAGGAUCUCUUAAUAAAAAAGAUUCCGAAAUUGCAUUCGACCUUGCCCACGACUACGAGGGCCAAUCCCUAAUUCGCCCAUAUCAAAAGACACAAGACGGCCGUCGCGCUUGGAACUUUGGACUUAUCAACCCAGGCGGUGGUAUGCUCACAGUAACCUCAGCCGACGCACCCUGGCGCCUCGCAGUUCCUCUAAAGAAAGACCUCGAAUAUACAUUUACAGAUCUCGGCAAAGACCCGCUAGAGCUAGACGCUCUGGACAAAUGGUCGAUCAAGUCAAUGGUCAAGGCAGUGAAGCGCCAGUACGGCGACGACGCUGCGACCUGGGUCAAGGAGGCCGACGAAGUUGCCCACUGGUGGGCUCUAGAGCGAAGACGCCUCUGGGGGUACAACCCCGACGAGGACAAAUGA